AUGAAAUCGUGUUUCAUGUUUGUUUUAAUGCUACUGCAUGCAUUUUCUGCCCUAGCUUUUAAUAUAAACUCAAAUGAUAACGUUGCUGUUUAUUGGGGUCAGGCAUCUGCAGGAAGUCAAGAACCCUUAGCCAGUUAUUGUGAAUCGGAAUCAGUUGAUAUUGUGUUACUUUCCUUCUUGUACGAGUUUCCUAAUAAUAUUAAGCUAAACUUUGCCUCCAGUUGUGAUAACGAACUCCAGAAUGGAAUGCAGAAUUGUCCUGAACUUUCUAGGGAUAUUAUUAAGUGUCAGUCAUUAGGAAAGAAGGUUUUUCUGUCUCUAGGCGGUGCUGUCGGAAACCAUGGAUUUGCAAAUGACCAAGAAGCUGAGUCCUUUGCCGUUACCUUGUGGAAUAUGUUUGGGGAAGGAAAUGGUGCUGCUAGACCAUUUGGAUCUGCUAUCGUAGAUGGCUUUGAUCUUGAUAUUGAAAAUAGGAGCUCCAUUGGUUAUGCUACUUUAGUGAAAACUUUAAGACAACUUGCUUCUUCAAGCUCUAAACGGUACUAUAUAUCAGCAGCUUCGCAAUGCCCUUAUCCAGAUGAAUCCCUCGGAGAUAUGUUAGCCAAUUCAUUUAUCGACUUUUUAUUCAUCCAGUUCUACAACAAUAAUUGUGCAAUCGAUCAAAACUUUAACUUCCCCACCUGGGUGGAGUAUGCUGAAACCAUCUCUCCAAACCCAGAUAUAAAGUUGUAUAUUGGCCUGCCCGCUUCUUCCACUGCUUCUGCUUCGGGAUACGUAUCAGAUCUGCACAAGCUAGGCUCAAUAAUCGUGCAAGCGGCUAAAUCUCAUAGUUUCGGUGGUAUUAUGUUGUGGGAUGCCUCUCAGGGUUUUAAGAAUCAAAUUAAUGGCAGGAGUUACAUUGACCAGAUGAAAUAUAUCUUGAGGAAUGAGGUCAGCUGGCCUCACAUUGCUGGUGGUAGUAUAGCUAUUAAAUCAGCUUCUUCUGAGUGGCCCUCUAAAUUUACUACGUUGUGUCCUACAGGAAAGCCGGUGUCGAAACAAGAAACUCCGACACCAUCGACGACAAUGAAGACCACUAUUAAGGAAGCAGCUCCAGAAACAUCCGCACCAACAUUCAUAACCAGCGAAGCUGCUCUGGAAAAAUCGAAAUCAACAUCAUCGGUUACUACCGAAGUUGAUCCUGAACCUGCCACUGCCAGUGAAGUUGCUCCAGAAAAAUCGACAUUAACAUCAAAGACUACCUCUGAGGCCGCUCCUAAAACAACAAUCAUAAAAGGGUCAGAUACCCCCUGUUCCAAAAAUCAAAAGAUUUCUAAGUCCGCUGAUUUCACCAGUUCCCUGACCUCAUCAACUAGUAGCGUUUCGAGACCAUCAGGUGUUCUUAUUAUGGCAUCUGACCCAGCUGCUGCUAUUCCAGUCACUUUGCCAACGGCUACAGUGAAGGCAUUGAAUGCGCAAUAUGGAGCUGGUCUAUAUAAUGGGAAGUAUACAUGUGAAGAUGGAGAAAUAGCCUGUUCAGCAGACGGUUCUAUUGCCAUCUGUAGCUAUGGGACCUGGGAUAUAAGAGUAUGUGCUGCUGGAACCACUUGCUAUGCGUAUUAUGAUACCAAAGGUCAAGUAUUUACCAGUUGUAACUUCUCCAGCUUAAAGAAGGAUUUCACCUAA